GGUUUUGACAUUUCUCCGAAUGGUGGUACAGAUGUUUUUAUUUGAAUUUCGGUUGCGAUCCAGUGCGGCUCGCGCAGUUUGCUGAAUUUCGGAAGUGGUUGGCGCGGUUGUGAAAAUCCUGUUUCUUCGGUGGCAAAAAGUGCAACUGCAAUCGGUGUGGUAGAGUGCAACGUCCAAAGAAAAGAGAGCAGGCUUAUUUGUGAAGUGUUAUCAUUUCAAGCAAAAGCAGAAAAGAGAGUGAAUCGUUCAACCACACGUCGUCGUUGGUGGUUUACCUGAGUUCAAAAGCGUGUCGUUUGCUCCCCCACAAUCAAAGUGUAAACAAAAGUGCCUUCAUCUCGUGUAUCUGUAGAGAGUGCUUGUCUAGCUUCGGUUUAUCAAAAUACGUUACGAAAAUUGAGGAAUUACGCAGAGCCAUGCUGACGUUAUCCCACAGCGGCGAUGACCUGGCCAAAUCGCUGGCCGGCGCGCUGACCAUCACCCGAACUCCCAAGGAGCAAUUCACCGAUAAGGUGAUCAUCAACGAAAUCUUCGAUGGCACAGAGUGCGACGAGUGCCCGGAUCAGUGUCCGGGAUUUUCCCCACACGCAUGGAGGAAAACCUGCCAGGAGUGUAAAUGUCCGCGGGAAACGCAUGCCGUCUAUCACGAACAGCUGACUUCGGUACGGGAACGGUUAGGCUUCAAGCAUGACUCCAACACCAGUCGGGUGGAUCCGCGGCAGAUGGGCUACACCUGGGUGCCGCCGGGAAUACUCACGUCGGCAAAGAUUCAACGGUACUUCGAUGUAAUCCCAUCGGAGAAAGUCCCCAAGAUUGGCACCCAGGGCGAGCGGUUCCGGGACAAACAGCUGGUCUACCAACUGCCAAAGCAAGACCUAGCCCUGGCGUACUGCAAACACGUCGAGGAGUCCAACCGAAGUUCCUACGAAGAUUUCGUUGCGGCCCGCAACGAAAUCGCCUUGGAUAUAGGCUAUGUGAAAGACACCCCAGCCAAGACGCAAUGUGCCGGCUGCGGCGAUAUGCUUAAUCAGGGUGAAAUGGCUGUGACGGCACCCAAGUUCCGGGAUCAAAUUCUGUGGCAUCCGCGAUGCUUCAAGUGCACCACCUGUGAUGAGCUGCUAGUCGACCUGACCUACUGUGUCCACGACGAUCAAAUCUACUGCGAGCGGCACUAUGCCGAACUGCUGAAACCUCGGUGUAAUGCAUGCGAUGAGCUAAUUUUCAGUGGCGAGUACACCAAGGCCAUGUCGAAGGAUUGGCACUCGGGUCACUUCUGCUGUUGGCAGUGCGACGAAAGUCUCACCGGCCAGCGGUACGUGCUGCGUGACGAGCACCCAUACUGCAUCAAGUGCUACGAAAAUGUGUUCGCUAACGUGUGCGAGGAGUGCAACAAGACAAUCGGCAUCGAUUCUAAGGACCUGUCCUACAAAGACAAGCACUGGCACGAAGCAUGCUUCCUGUGCAACAAGUGCCGCAUCUCGCUAGUCGACAAACAGUUCGGCUCCAAGGCCGACAAGAUCUACUGCGGAAACUGCUACGACGCCCAGUUCGCUUCCAGAUGUGACGGCUGUGGGGAAAUCUUCCGCGCUGGAACCAAAAAGAUGGAGUACAAGACCAGACAGUGGCACGAGAAGUGCUUCUGCUGCUGCGUCUGCAAAACCGCCAUCGGUACCAAAUCCUUCAUCCCCCGUGAGCAGGAGAUCUACUGCGCCGGAUGCUACGAAGAAAAGUACGCAACCCGUUGCAUCAAGUGCAAGAAGAUCAUCACCAGCGGCGGUGUGACCUACAAGAACGAACCGUGGCACCGCGAGUGCUUCACCUGCACCCACUGUCAGGUGUCCCUGGCCGGGCAACGCUUCACCAGCCGCGACGAGAAGCCGUACUGUGCCGAGUGCUUCGGAGAGCUGUUCGCCAAGAGAUGCACCGCCUGUGUCAAGCCAAUCACAGGAAUCGGCGGUACCCGUUUCAUCUCGUUCGAAGAUCGUCACUGGCACAACGAUUGCUUCAUCUGCGCCAUCUGCAAAACGUCACUGGUCGGUCGUGGAUUCAUCACCGAUGAACAGGACGUCAUCUGUCCGGAGUGUGCCAAGCAGAAGCUGAUGUAAGAAGUUGAGAAGCAGCAAACCCGACCCGCCAGUAGUGGUGGCACUUCACUAAACAAUUGUACACACAAACACACCCACAAUCCCAUACACUAUUGUAGAAAACGAAACACAAAAAUCAAAAUAACAUAAAAUAUAUUCUAUCUCUCUCUAAAUUGCAAACGAAAGCAACUGAAACAAUUGUUACAACGAAACAAAAACACAACAAAUUGAUAUUCUAAAAGCAACCAACCGAGUGUUUUAAAGGAAUUGAAAAUCGUCAUAGUCUACAUUCAUUCGAUGGAUCAACAACACAACUACCAUAACUUAUAGUGAAGCAGUCUUUCACCACAGUGUAUGUACUAGAGUUGUUGUCAAACAACCCGAUGAUGGUGGCCAUCUUGCAAGGCGCUUUUCUGAAUGAUUUUAAUAUUGUGGCGUCAUAACUUAUUGCUUUUAUGAUUUUUUUUCCUUCAAUAGAAAUUACAAAUUCAGGAUUUAUUUUAUGAUGGUUUUAAUUCCUCAAAUAUCGGUUAUUUGUGGAAACGUGUUGAAUUAUUGUAUUGCCAUAGAGAAUAUUUUCAAAGGUCAUAGAUUGGAUGAUAUAUUUCUAAACUAAAUGCUUAAAAUAUAUAUUUUAAAGAAAGCUAUUAUUCUAUGAAGACAGUUUUAGGACAAGCAGUUGGCUUUAUUUUAUCCUGUAGCAGAGAUACUUUCAAAGCAACACAAACACUCACACACGAGAUUAGCGGGAACGGCCUAUAUUCACAAAAGUUGCCUUUUACUAAGAACAAAACGAUAAGAAACAAACAUCAAAACCUACACCUUAUAUGAAUGGGAGACAAAUUUUAAAUAAAAACACUAAUGGUCGUUCUAGUUUUUAACGGCUUUUAUCGAAAAAAAAAACUUAAUUAAGAUGAACAGAAACAAAAAAUAUAAAAGUAUUUAAAAAAGA